AAUUUGCAGGUCCAAAUCAUGUUUCCGCCAUAGCCACAGCAACUUUGAGCUUAAUUAUAAGAGCAAGCAAGUGUUUCAUUUCAAGAUCACAAAGAAUCUUUCUUUCCAUUCCCGGGUACUCUACUAUAUAAGCAGUACUUCUGCGCCUUUGCAACUUCAUCGUUGCCUGAUCAAUCUUCAGAUUUCAGUUUUCUCUCGGGCUAUAGCUCUAUCCCUCUUUAACCUUGUUUGCGUUCACCAAUGGCUCCCAGUUUGAGCGAGGCCGGCUCCGAUAUCAUGGAGCUUAUCGACAGCUUUACUGGGUCGGCGAUCACGUUGGAGGGAUCAAAGUUCAUGGCCAACGGCCAUUUGAUUCUCUCCGACGUUCUCCCCAACAUUGUGGCAGCCCCAUCACCCUACGGCGUUCCCGAGAAGUCGAUGACCACCACCCCCGGCUGCUUCGUCGGAUUCGACGCUCAGGAGGCCAAAAGCCGCCACGUCGUGCCGGUAGGCAAGCUGAAGGGCAUCCGGUUCAUGAGCAUUUUCCGGUUCAAAGUCUGGUGGACAACCCACUGGGUCGGGACCAACGGCCGAGACGUCGAAAACGAAACCCAGAUCCUGAUCCUCGAUAAAUCCGACGACGGCCGUCCGUACGUCCUCCUUUUGCCGCUACUGGAAGGGCCGUUCCGAGCCUCUCUCCAGCCCGGCGACGACGACAACAUCGACAUUUGCGCUGAAAGUGGCUCCACGAAGGUUACCGGAGCUUCCUUCCGGAGCGUGCUAUAUAUGCACGCCGGCGACGAUCCGUACAAACUGGUGAAGGAUGCCAUAAAGGUUGCCAGACUUCAUCUCGGAACGUUCAGGCUCUUGAAGGAGAAAACGCCCCCCGGAAUAGUGGACAAGUUUGGUUGGUGCACGUGGGAUGCAUUUUACCUUACGGUGCACCCUCGUGGCGUCUUAGAAGGCGUGAAGGGACUGGUGGAAGGUGGGUGCCCACCUGGACUGGUCCUCAUCGACGACGGGUGGCAGUCCAUAGCCCGUGAUGAGGAUCCUGUCACCCAGGAGGGGAUUGACCAGACAACUGCCGGUGAACAAAUGCCGUGCAGGCUGUUGAAGUUCCAAGAGAACGACAAGUUCAGAGACUACGAGAGCCCGAACAAGCCGGUUGCCGUCGGCCCCAGCAAGGGAAUGGGCGCGUUUAUCAGAGACCUCAAGGAGGAGUACAAGAGCGUGGACUACGUCUAUGUUUGGCAUGCGCUUUGCGGGUAUUGGGGUGGGCUUCGGCCCAAUGUUCCGGGCCUGCCGGAGGCCCGGGUCAUCCAGCCCAAGUUGUCCCCCGGCUUACAGAUCACGAUGGAAGAUCUGGCCGUCGACAAGAUCGUGAACAAUGGGGUCGGGCUGGUCCCACCGGAGAUCGUCGAUCAGAUGUACGAGGGCCUGCACUCGCACUUGGAGUCGGUGGGCAUUGACGGCGUCAAAGUCGACGUUAUCCAUUUGCUGGAGAUGAUGUGCGAGGACUAUGGCGGCAGAGUGGAGCUGGCGAAAGCAUACUACAAAGCCUUGACAUCUUCGGUGAGGAAGCACUUCAGAGGCAACGGCGUGAUCGCAAGCAUGGAGCACUGCAACGACUUCAUGUUCCUUGGAACCGAGGCCAUUGCUCUUGGCCGCGUCGGUGAUGAUUUCUGGUGCACUGAUCCAUCGGGGGAUCCAAACGGCACGUUUUGGCUGCAAGGCUGUCACAUGGUGCACUGCGCUUACAACAGCUUGUGGAUGGGCAACUUCAUCCACCCUGAUUGGGACAUGUUCCAAUCCACCCAUCCCUGCGCCGAGUUCCACGCCGCCUCCCGGGCGAUUUCCGGCGGUCCGAUAUACGUCAGUGACACCGUCGGGAAACACAAUUUCCAGCUCCUCAAGACAAUUGUCUUGCCCGACGGCUCCAUUCUCCGGUGUGAACACUAUGCUCUCCCCACUCGCGAUUGCCUCUUCCAAGAUCCUCUCCACGAUGGCAAGACAAUGCUCAAGAUCUGGAACUUGAACAAGUACACUGGAGUUCUUGGCGCGUUCAAUUGCCAAGGCGGUGGCUGGUGCCGCGAGACGAGGCGAAACCAAUGCUUCUCGGGAUACUCUCACACCGUCACUGCGAAGGCCAGGCCAAACGACAUCGAAUGGAAGCACGGAACAAAUCCGCUCUCCGUCGAAGGAGUGCAACUGUUUGCACUGUACAUGUUCCGCGACAAGAAGCUGGUGCUGUCGAAGUCGUCCGACGCCAUAGAGAUCUCGCUCGCGCCGUUCAACUUCGAGCUCAUCACGGUUUCUCCUGUCACGCUCAUUGCCAACAAGUCAAUCCAAUUCGCUCCGAUCGGCUUGGUCAAUAUGCUCAACACCGGGGGCGCGCUCCAAUCGCUGGUGUUCAAUGAUCGGGCCGAUUCGGUCCAGGUUGGGGUGAAAGGCACCGGAGAAAUGAGGAUUUUCGCGUCGGAGAAGCCAAGAGCCUGCCGGCUUAACGGCGAAGAUGUCUCGUUUUCUUAUGAGGCGCUUAUGGUCGUGAUUCAAGUGCCGUGGCCGGAAUCUUCAAGUCUAUCGAUCGUUGAGUACUUGUUCUGAAAUCGGUGUUUACAGUUCGCCGGCGGGCUUUCGAAUUAAUUAUAAGUAACUGAUUUCACUGUUUUGUUUUGUUUCCGAACUGAUACACACAAUUAUGUAAUUUCUUGCGAUGAUUAAUAAUAAGUAAAAGUAAUUAAUAUUUAA